AGAAACAAUGGAAGGAAUGGACUCUAAAAAUUUACUAAAUGGACGGAAUGGACUCUCGGAAUGAAGGCGGUGGCUGCAGCAUUGAGACGCUUUCUUGGUAUUGGUGUGUUUUGUUUAUGUUUACGUUGGAAGAGCUGCAACCCAAAGCGCAGAUAAAUUUGUCAGAAAAGCUGUGUCAGUAUGCAGCUUUUAGGAGAUGCAUCCGUCGUCAGCCGUCUCUUUGGAAGUGUUUGCAGGAUCUAGUCGGUCUUAUUAGUAGGUUUUUGGAGGUUGUUGUAACUUGCCACCGCGAGCAACGGGUGGCUCAUAGAGGCCAGCCAUUGGAAAAAUUUGGACUAAGCAGUCUCUGGCUUGGUUACCACGCCGCAGUCUGGAUCCCACGCCGCAGAAGGAGUCCCACGCCGCAGUCGGAGUCCCACGCCGCGGUCCGGAGUCCCCCGCCGCCGUCGGAGUCAAACGCUGCAGUCAUGAGCCACUAGCAGCGAUCAAAACGACCAGGAGAUGUUCAUUUUGAAGGAGCUGGUCGUCUAGCAGGAUAAAUCUUUUGGGAUGUAUGCUGAUCUAUUUACUUUUGGCUUCAGGAUCAACUGAGUGAUGGCUUUUUGGACAUCGGCACUGCAGUCAGCGUCUCGCGCCGGAGUCUGUAGUAUCUCGCAACAGUC